AUGUCUUUUUUCCAGAUGGCAUUUGACUAUGCCGCACCUGUCUUCCUUAUAACCUCUCCCGUCACCUCCUAUGCCGACCAGAUCUUCAGCAUUCAUCGCACAAGAAGCUCAGCAGGCUUCUCUUUGGACAUUCCUUUGAUCAUGCUGAUUUCGUCGAUCCUGAAGAUUUUCUAUUGGUUUGGCGAGCACUACUCAGGCACUUUGUUGACGCAAGCAAUUGUCAUGAUCGUGGUGCAGAUGACGAUGCUCAAGGUUGCACUCAAUAAUCGGCCCUCUGCCGGGGUGAGAAAUGGAAUUGAGCACACACCCUUCAGUGGCGGUAACUCCGAUGGUUCAUCCUUAAGGCCCUAUGAGUUUUGGCAGUGGAAAGCCGCCAAGCCAUACUGGAUGUCUCUGGGUUACUUUGUCGGAAUGCUGACCGUCGUCCACCUGACCCCGAUCGCUCAGUCGCAAUUCUAUAUCAGCCUCCUUGGCUACAUCGGACUCGCCGUCGAAGCUACCCUCCCUAUCCCUCAAAUCCUUGCCAACCACCGAUCCGGCUCGUGCAAGGGCUUCCGAGUCUCCGUUAUUGCGGCAUGGAUUCUUGGUGACACCAUGAAGAUGAGCUACUUCUUCAACAGCACAGAGACCAUCCCAUGGGCGUUCAAGCUCUGCGGUAUCUUCCAGUGCGUGUGCGACUUCUACCUGGGUUUCCAGUUCUAUUUUUUCACCCGAAACACCCACUCUAAAACUCCGUCCCACUCCCACUCCAACUCGCUCUCUAACGCGUUCUCCAACCCACACUCACAUUCCAACUCACUCUCCCACGCUUUCCCUCUCUCCGCUUCCCACUCCCGUUCCAACUCUCAGACCGCAGGCGAGUCUAUGGAGCAGAAUGGGCGCUGGGGUCAUCACGAGAAGGAUAUCCGCAUGAACUGA